AUGCCUGCCCUGGUUGGUAGAAGCUCUUGGAGACUAGGUUUGACAAGCCGGCUUCCUACUAGUUCUGCGUUGAACGGGAAGAACGGUUGUGUGAGAGAGAAGAAAGUAGCGGCGAGUUUGCUUGACGAUCACGAUAGUGCCAUGGGCGGUACCGGCACCAGCUGGAUGUGUGCAGGUAGUCGAAUUCUGAAAGUGGCCCAUGUCCUGGAUGGCCUUGAAGAACAUGUGCCCCGUGUUGGGCAGAAGUGCUUGAAAGAGUCGAGGAAAGCAUCCCGAGACUACUGUACACAUCAGUUCGGCAGAAUGAUCCGCAGCAAGCGAGGCGUGCCGCAUGUGCGAUUCAGAUAUCGUUCUGGACGCUGA